UUCACAAAUUGAAAAAUGAGACGGGCGGUUGUCUUUGCGCUUUGUAUACAUAUAUAAGAUAUAUUUUUUAGAUUAGCCUACGCUUAUGUAGUUAAUAAAUUUUCGAUCUUAAGGAAUGUUACAUUAUAUAUAUUUUAAAAUAAUUUUUCCUUCAAAUAAAUAAAAAUAUAUUACCGAAGAAACAUGAUUUUUAUACGUGGUUUGAAAUGGUCAAAGAAUUGUUUUCAAUUGCUUCCUUCACGUUGUUUUCAAAAUUCUAAUAUUAAUGUACCAAAUAUGAAGACAAACAAUGAUCAUAUUUGUUGGCUAGACAUGGAAAUGACUGGACUUGAUGUACAUACCGACCAUGUUUUAGAAGUAGCAUGCUUAAUUACAGACAAGAAUUUGAAAGUCAUAAGUACUGAUUUAAAUAUAGUUAUACAUCAGCCAGAUGAAGUAUUAGAAAAUAUGAAUGAUUGGUGUUUACUGAAUCAUAAAAAAUAUUAUCAUUAUUUUCAGACAGGAUUAAUUAAUGAAUCACGUUUAAGUAAAAUUACAAUACAUGAUGCUGAACAAGCUGUGUUAGAAUUUUUAAAACUAUAUAUCAAGGAAAAAACUUGUCCAUUAGCAGGAAGUUCAGUUUAUAUGGAUCGUAUGUUUUUACAUAAAUAUAUGCCAUUGGUUGAUAAUUAUUUGCAUUAUAGGAUUAUUGACACUUCUACUAUUAAAGAAUUAAUUAAAAGGUGGAAUACAAAUGUCCCAACAUUAAUAAAAGAACAUAAUCACAGGGCAUUAUCAGACAUAAUAGAAAGUAUAAGAGAAUUAGAAUAUUAUAAAAAACAUAUAUUUGAUGUAUGUAAGCAAAAUGAUGUAUGAACCUAAAGCGAGUAGGUUCGUUAAUUAAUCAGUAAAGUGAAUAAUGAGCUCGAUUCGAAA